AUAGAGAGCCACACAGCUGCAGAGAUGGCAGACAUGGCGUAUGCGCAACAUGCAACUGCAACAAGUGCAACAACAUAUGUUACUUCAGUUUAUUUACUGAGCAAUUCGCGUCAAUUAGGCUACACACGCUCCAAGGCGCAACAUAAUUGAAACUGUCUGCAAUUGCCAUCAUUACAACAGCAACAACAACAACAACAACUAAGAAGGAAAAUAACUUAAGCGAAAAUUAAAUCAAAUUUAUUGAACGCCUCAAUUGGUCUCUGCCAACAUGUCCGAGUUUCGGUUCUUCUCGUACACCGACUUUGCUUUCAGAACGAAUCACUCGCAGAAUCUGAUCAAUCUGCCCUUUACGCAAUACCAUGCCGCCGCCAGUACUCAGCAGACGGAGGAGACAUCGGAGGACAUCGUGCUGAAUGUGCCGUACACCGUGUUCGAGGUGCUCGUGGCCAUCAUCAGCAUCAUUGGCAACCUGAUGGUGAUCAUUGUGUUCCGGCGCGAGCGGAAGCUGCGCCGUCGCACCAACUACUACAUCGUCUCGCUGGCCAUGGCCGAUUUUCUGGUCGGCUCGCUGGGCGUGCCCUUCGCCAUACUGGCCUCCAUCGGUUUGCCCAAGAAUCUGCACGCCUGCCUCUUCACCGUCUCGCUGCUGAUAGUGCUCUGCACCAUAUCCAUCUUCUGCCUGGUCGCCGUCUCCGUGGAUCGCUACUGGGCCAUACUCUACCCGAUGGCCUACUCCCGCAAUGUGCGCACCCGCACGGCGAUUGUCAUCAUAUCCGUGUGCUGGUUGGCUGGCGCAAUUGUGGGCUUUCUGCCGCUCUUCGGCUGGCACGCGGAUGUGCCCCACGAUCAGACCUGCCUGUUCGUCGAGGUUAUGGACUACAACUAUCUGGUCUUUCUGUACUUCACCACCAUCAUCACGCCGGCCCUGCUCAUGCUGGCCUUCUACACGCACAUCUAUCGGGUGAUUAUCAAGCAGGUGCGCCAGAUAGUGACCAUGAAUCCCGCAUCGGAUCUGAGCCGACGCUCCUCCACCGCCCAGAUGCAGGUGACCACAACGGGGCGCGGCGGCCACACGGGCACCAUGCUCCGCGUCCUGGGCGCCGCACGCAAGCGGGACGUGAAGGCCACGCAGAAUCUGUCCAUCAUUGUGCUGUUCUUCAUGAUCUGCUGGAUACCGUUGUACACGAUCAACUGCAUCAAGGCCUUCUGCCCCAACUGCUACGUGCACCCCAAGCUGACGCUCUUCUGCAUCAUACUCUCGCAUCUGAACUCCGCGGUCAAUCCCGUGCUCUACGCCUACCACCUGAAGGACUUUCGACUGGCGCUGAAGAACCUCAUGCUGAAGCUGAUGGGCGUGGACAUCGAUCAGCAGGCGGAAGCCAUACAUCGCUUCUCGCUGGCCAGCCAGCACCGUCUGCAGUCCAUGGACUCCACCAUGCGCACCACGCAGCCGCGCAUGUAUGUGGGUGAGUACUCGCCCAUUUGGCUGCGGCAGCAGCAGGAGGCGCUCAAGAACUCCCAGCUGCUGCCCAAGUGCGGCGUCCUCACGCCCUGCGUGAACAGCAUCAACCAGACGGUGGCCGCCGCCGUGACCGCCUCCACGGACAUUGAGCGCGACAUGUGGAACAUUGUGGAGGCCUCCAGCGGCGCGGAGCUGGGUGAGAUUAGCUAUGAGUUUCCCAGCGCCAAGCGGGAGAGCGAUCAUGAGAGCAGCGCCUCGAUUUCAGUGCCGGCGACUGCGCAGCCAGCUGUGCAGCCAGCGUCGCAACAGCAGCGCUGCGACAGCGCCUUCUCGUACGACAACCAGAACUACUCGACGGGACCUGAGGACGGCAUCAGCCUGCCCGACGACCUGGACGAGUAUGAGGAUGUGUUUGUGCCGCCAAGCGGCAACCACAACUACCAGGGCGUCGAUCCCGUCGAGCUGCGUCGCUCGUUGGCCUGUGUCAUGCGCGAGAAGCUGCGCAGCGAUGACACCGACUACUACAGCCAGCAGGUAGCACUGCAGGAUGCCAGCAGCGGUGACCAGGAGCUGGAACGGGUCAGACCCUGCUCCACGCGCACUUCCCCCAGCAACGGAACACUGCCGCAGCAGCUGCGUGCCAAACUGCUCGCCGGCAACUCGAACAGCGAUCACUGCCUGCCCCUGCCCAGCACAGGUGCCAACAGCGCCGGCAUCUAUGUCAUCGAUGGCGCCACGAAUCCCCUGUCGCCCGGCCACAAGCCCAAGUAUCGCAAGUCCACGGCACUGACGCGCAACUCGCGCAAGAAGAGUCGCUCCUGCACCUGCGCCAACGAACAGAAGCAGGCGAGUCCUGGCGAAUCAGCCAACUCAACAGCCGGCCAGUCUAACCAUAGUAUCAGCACCAGGCAGUCGGAGGAGUCGCCGCCAGCUCAGACGAGUCACGAGCACUUCUUCAGUCCGCUCAAGUCAGUGGGCAGCUUUAUGCACCAUUCCAAUAUUUUUAAUCUCUUCCAGCCGCACGCAACGGCGGCCUCUGCCCCAACGGCGUUAAACACUGCUCCUGGACCAGGCUCAGAGACGGGGACGGGGACGGGGACGGGGACGGGGACAGGAAUAGGGCCGGGCACAGGGACAGGAUCAGCAUCAGGGGAAGACACUGGAGCUGGACCCACUGCUCCGCCAUCCAUGCCCAAUUCACGACUGACCAUUGGGCCAUUGACCUCCACGUCGGCCUCUUCGUCCUCGUCUCUAGUCGCUGCCAGCGUUGAGAGUUGACCUACGGUCGAUGCUCCCCACGUGGCAGGCAAAGACUAGGCAAAUACUCGCAAGACAAAAGCUUUUAGCAUAAGUACCUAGUUUUCGAGUUUCAAACGACUCCAUCUUAGAUCAAUGCUUGGAACAGCCGGAAACGGAAUAGAAACGGAUACGGAAACGAAAACGAAAACAUUUCCAGCUCUUGAUGUUCCUGCAGUUUCGUGAAUCAUGAGCAUUUAUUUUUCAAUGUAAUUAUGUUUAUUUCCCUUGUUUAAUUAGUUAAUUGUUUGGAGCUAAGCUUAAAGUCAAUUUAUAAGUAAACCCCCAUUUUUUGCAUACUCGUAUAUUUUCUACAUGCAUACAUACAUAGAUAUACAACAUAUGUAUAAGUAUUAAAGUGCUUAGAAAUCUAUUGAUGUUAUCUAAACCAAUGUAUCCUAUAUAUAAAUAUAUAUGCAUGUGUGUUUAACUAAGUAUA